GAGCGGGAGUGGCUGGCGACUGGGCACCUGGAGCCGCCCAAGCCACGGCCACCAGGAGUCGCCGGACCCGCGAGCCAUAGGGACGAGUCUGGGAGGAGAGAGGGGGCGGAUAGCGCUCCCGACUUGCGGCGGGCACCUUGCGAGCAGAGGGCGUAGCCGGGCUCAGCGCCCCAUGGGCAGCGGGAGACCCCCCCAGCCCGCGACGGGACUGCGGCCCGCCCACCGUCUCCACGCGCCCCGGCACGGGAUGUGCAAUGGCCGCCGCCUGGCCUCCACCACCCGCUGUUGCAUGACAGCUGGCGGCUUGGUGAUUCUGGUGACCGGGACACUGUGCUUCGCCUGGUGGAGUGAAGGAGAGGCAGGUGCCCUGCCCACCCAGCAGGCCCUGCCCACCGAGCACCCCGCCCCUGCCGCCCCCGGCCCCCUGCUCAGGCCGGUCAGCUUCCUCUGCUGCAGCGUUGGGGGCCUGCUGCUGCUCUGUGGCCUGCUCUGGUCCCUCAAGGCCAGCAUGCAGGGGCCGCCCCAGUGGGACCCGCACCCUUGCCCCAGAGACCUGGACUACUGUACCGUGGAGGCCUUGGACAAGAAGAGCUGCAGGACCCCAGAGGGAGUCACCAUCCCCACUUAUUUGGAAGCCAUGCACCAACCACUGGCUGAGGGGCUGCCGACCCCACCUGUGUACCCCAUGCAGGCAGACCUGAAGCACAGUGCCCCGAGAGAUGCCCUGCUUGGGACCCCGCCGGCCCUGCCCCCUCCCAGCUAUGAGAGCGUCGUCCUUGACCUUGACACCAUUCAGGAGAGACAAGCCCUGUUCCAGGUGCUGCAGGCACAGGCUCUUAGCCGGCCCUGAAACUGGAGAAAAAAACUGCACACAGAGCCUGGUCUGCAGUGUUUGCUGCUGAGAGCUGUUUCACUUAUCUAUUGCUAUGGAGCAAGCCACCUCCAAACUGCUGGCUUAAAAUAAAGCCUAUUUUAAGAUGUCUCAUGA